UCAGUAAAUUUAGAAUAAACGUCAUAUCACUUCCGCAUCGUCAUUCAGCUGAUAGAGUAAUUUUUCUAAACAUUUUUCUUAUCUUAUCUAGAUUUGUACCACUUACUGAGCUGUGGAAAUGUCUCCACCCAAGGUAUCAUUGUCAAAUAAGGAAUCUCAGAAGCCUAUCGUGACAGAAGAGGUCCUUCCUGAAAAAGGAGAUGGAGUAGAGUUUCCUGCAGUCAUUACUUUUGAAACUGAACGCCGUGCCAGAAAUCUUCGUAUGCUGCACAAGCAACGCAAAUGUCGUCGCAUUGUCUGUGGGGUCACUCUGGUGAUUAUUGUGGCCGUUGCUGCCCUUGCUACCAUGGCACUUGUGCUUCAUUUCCGCCGCCAUCAUCGCAAGGCUUGGGAAUGCCGAUCUAAUGGUCUCCCAGUCAGUGUCAGAGUGGAUCAUGAAAACCAGCUGAUCUACGCCAAGCAUGACCAUGAUCAAAACUCCCAGACCACUGCUAUGGAAAUUCUCCAUGAGUACGACAGAGGGCUGGUGGCUUACAAAGAUGUGGACAACAGCACUUGCUACAUUGAUCGUCUGGACGAAACUUUUGAAGAUGGUUAUGAACGCUGGCAAGCAUAUGAAGCUGUUGAAAACACAGAUAAAAAGGUCCUGCAAGUUCUCCAGCCCAUCGAGAUAGAGGUGGUGGAGCACAUUACUGACAUCCACAUCUACUCUCACUGUGAGAAAGCCAAUUCUUUCUGGGUGAAAGAGAUUGAAAUCACUGAGGUGACCAAAGAGAUGAAUGUUUUCUACAUUUAAAUUAUCCCUGCAGCUGUCCCUAGCUCAUGGCCAGAUGUUUUUCAAAUUGUUUCUAAAUUGACCACCUCUUGUUUGCAAGUUUUUCAUGUUCAAUAUGUACUAACACCAAUAAAUAUAUAGUCUAAAGAUAUUCUUAUACAAUUAUAGAAGAAUUCUACCACAUUGUAGUUUGUAUCAAGAUGUAAUUAAUGAAGUUUCCAUUUGCAAACUUGAAAUAUGUGGGAGCUCUGGGGCAGCCUUGGAUAUUUUUUGUUAAUAUUUUUUCUCUCUAACUUUAAAUUUGUUUUGUCCAUUUAUAUAUACAUUUUUCAACAUUUUUUUUAUAACAACAAAGUAUCCCACCCCGCACUAAAUAAAGUGUAUAAAGCAUAGUUAUUCUUUGUUUAAAGCCUUAUGAUCAUUGAGGAUUGCAUAUAGUUUUUCAAUUUGGUUUUAGCAGUCCAGAUUUAUAAAAAAAUCUGUUAAAAUUAAAGAUAAAAAUAAAUGCAAAAUUAGUUUUAAUACAUUGACCAUUAAUAAAUAUAAAAGAUUAAUAUUAUACUAAUCCAGUUUAUUUUGUCUAUUCAUUUUUAGUUAAUCAUUAUUGAAUGUUUUAAAAGUAGAUGUAUACAAACUCUGCAAAUUUGCAUGUUAAAGCCAAUUGAAUUUUUUUUUGGUUAAUGAAUCUUCAUUUAUGUACUUAAUUCACACAAUAUUCCAGGUUUGAAUUCAUGUACACUUUACAUAAAAAUUAAAUCAAAUUUUUUUUAAGCAUAUUUUUUUUUGCCAAUAGUUAAAACAUAAUGUUUGUGUAAUGUCAAUUAUUGUUCUGGUUAUACAUAUUAAAAAUCUCAUGUGAUAUUUUACUUUACCAAAACUUUCAAAACAAACUAAAUGAUCUGUUAAUGUUAAACAGCUAAUUAAUGUUUAUCCAGUUAAUUUUGAUAUUAAAAUAGAUUUACUGAUUACAACUUGAUCACUUCUGUUUGAUUUAUAAUUAGCUAAAUGGAACAAAUUGUGCUUUUGUUGAUUAUUGUAACAAAUAAGUGUCACUUAAACAGAUGUUUAUUUUUAGAAAAGUGUUUGCAACCAAUUGCUCUGUUUCUCUUUGAAACUUGGCAAUUCUGGUAUAAGUGUAAUUAAAAAACAAGAAACUAAGCUGUUGUUUUUAGUAAAUGUUUGCUGAUACAUUCCAACCACUGGGGUUAUUUGAAAUUUAUUUCUAUACAGUAUUUGAAAUUUUAUUUUGGUCUAUGCAAAAUAAAAAUAGAUAUCAUUUGA